GUUUGGUAUACUUUAUAAUUUUAAUUGUACCAACUUCUCCUUUGUUUUAGCUAUUUGGGGUUCUGAAGCUCAAGCAGGAGUUUCUGGCAGUGCUAUUUAUGUUAAAUAUAAAAUAUGCUGGCCCCUUACCAAUGUCCUUGUUUUUUCCCCUUACCCUGGACUACUGCAUAAUCUUGUUAGUGGAGGAAGGAAGUCUUAUAAAACUGCUGUGAUUUUACAGAUUGCUGGAGGUCUGAUCCGUGCAGCGCCAUGGACUCGUCAGAAGAGACCGGAGGCUCCUCCACAGAAGAGAACUACUUUGUGAAUUACACCUUCACAGAUCGCUCGCACUCGGGCCGCGUGGCGCAGGGCAUCAUGAAGCUGUGCUUGGAGGAUGAGCUGUUUGCCGAUGUUACAAUAUCCGUGGAAGGCAAAGAAUUCCAGCUGCACCGUUUGGUCCUCUCGGCUCAGAGUUGCUUUUUUCGUUCCAUGUUCACGUCCAACUUAAAGGAGGCCCACAACCGAGUGAUUGAGCUGCAGGAUGUCAGCGAGAGUGUCUUUCAGCUCCUUGUGGACUAUAUUUACCAUGGGACUGUAAAGCUGAGGGCAGAGGAACUGCAGGAAACCUAUGAAGUGGCAGACAUGUACCAGCUGACUGCCCUUUUUGAAGAAUGCUCCCGUUUCCUGGCCCGAACGGUGCAGGUUAGGAACUGUCUGCAGGUCAUGUGGUUGGCAGAUCAACACAGUGACAUGGGGCUCUACACAGCUGCCAAACACUGUGCCAAGUCUCACUUGUCUCAACUUCAAGACACAGAGGAGUUUCUACACCUACCUCUACGCCUGUUGACAGACAUCCUUACAGAUGGCGUCCCAUGCUCUCAGAACCCCACAGUUGCCAUAGAAACCUGGAUCAACUUCAACAAGGAAGAGCGAGCCGGCUUUUCAGAGACGCUGCGAUCCAGCCUGAAGGUGAUUGGAGAAAAUGUUCACAUCUACCUGAUUGGGAAGGAGUCCUCACGUACACAUUCGCUCGCUGUCUCUCUGCAUUGUGCUGAUGAUGACUCCAUAAGCGUGAGUGGCCAGAACAGCCUGUGUCACCAGAUCACUGCGGCCUGCAAGCACGGUAGUGACCUAUACGUUGUCGGUGGCUCCAUUCCACGACGCAUGUGGAAAUGCAACAAUGCAACGAUAGACUGGGAAUGGUGCGCCCCUCUGCCCCGUGACCGGCUCCAACAUACCCUUGUCUCCGUGCCAAGCAAGGAUGCUAUCUAUUCACUGGGGGGGAAAACUCUGCAGGACACUCUCUCUAAUGCUGUCAUAUAUUACAGAGUACGAGACAAUGUGUGGACGGAGACCAGCCAGUUGGAAGUGGCUGUGUCUGGGGCUGCAGGUGUAAACCUUAACGGUGUCAUUUACCUGCUGGGAGGGGAAGAGAACGACUUGGACUUCUUCACCAAGCCCUCUCGGCUUAUUCAGUGCUACGAUACCAACACGGAGAAGUGCCACGUGAAGCCAUAUGUACUGCCCUUUGCUGGCCGCAUGCACGCUGCCGUGCACAAGGAUGUGGUGUUCAUUGUAGCUGAGGGUGAUUCGCUGCUGUGCUACAAUCCCUUACUGGAUAGCUUCACCCGGCUAUGCUUGCCCGAUGCCUGGAGCUCAGUACCGUCCCUCUGGAAAAUCGCUAGCUGCAAUGGCAGCAUCUACGUCUUUCGCGACCGUUAUAAAAAGGGGGAUGCAAAUACUUUUAAACUUAACCCAGCUACCUCUGUGGUAACAGUCACAAGUGGCAUCAAAGUGCUGCUCACUAACCUGCAGUUUGUCCUGGCCUAGGAGGGAAAAACAGGCCCACUGGUAGAAAGGGCAGAAAAACUUUUCCACUGUGCUCUUCGGAGGUAUCCAGCAUCCUCAAUACCGGUUCCACUCACUACGAACUCACAGCAUCCAGUAAGCAGCCCGUCCUCUGUACCUGCACAGAGGAAGUGCCAGCUGCUCAACUGUGGGCUUAUUCUCUUACAUAGCACUAUUGAACUGCUGCAUCUUAGGUUUCAGGUGGACUAAAUGCCAUUACUGUAAUCACUUGAUAAUAAGCUGCUUGUGCUCGAGGCCAAAACUCCAGCAAGUGGCUUUUUUAGCCCAGAACCAUCCACCUGUAACAAACCCUAUAGCGUAUGGUCAACCUCCUCCUUGGCCCAGACUGCUAGUUUUAACUGUCCUGGAGACUGCAUUGCUGCUCUUGCCAGUCAUGGAGAGUAGAGGUGCUCUGUCUGUCCUGCAGGGAAGUCUUCAUUUUAACAUGUUCUUGUAGCAGCAGGAGGAACUGACAUAAAUGAUAUUUACAGGGGACAGAUUCUAGAGCUGAGCCCAAACGGUGACUGUGUUUAUGCUCGAGCACUUCUCCUAGAGGAGUGGUAAUAAACUGGGACCCUGCUUUCUGCUCUACUGUCACCUAGCAUAAAGAGGGAGAUGAUUCUUGAGAGCAUUGGCUUUCUUGUCUGUACAGGGAAUCCCAACUGUAAUCAUAACAUAGUGUUGGUGAAAGAUGGAAUUAAGUCCACUUCUUCCUACCCCUCUCUCGCACUGUAACCCUUUGGGUGAGAAAGUGAAUAAAGUCUCUGCUGAGACACA